GGUUUCCUUUCCUGCUGGGGUCUUGCACACACACCGCGAGUCUAGCUUGUCAAUCAGGGUAAAUGGAGCGAUCUGCUCCCCUCGCCUGCACCCACAGGUUGUAAAGUCAUUAAUUGCUCUCCAACCAGGUUUCACCAAGCUCUCCCUUGAUGCGUUUCUCCUGUAGCUCUGCUGAAGAAUGGCUGCCAGGGACCGGGCUCUCGGCAACAGGUCUGCUGCGGUUUUCACCUAUUCUGUGCUGCUGUUUCUGUGGCGAGCCGGGGCACACGGCUAUCCGUAGCGAAGUUACGGAGAAGGACCGAAGCAGAGAGGAAGAUGUUGCCCAGUGGUGGGGAGAAUGGAGCUCCUGGUCCACUUGCAGUCGGAGCUGCGGAGGAGGGGUCAUGUCACAGGAGAGGCACUGUUUACAGCAAAGACGUAUAAUUUCACAAAACAAAAAUGACACCUUUUGCACUGGAUCACCUCGGCGCUACCACUUAUGCCAGAACCAGCCCUGUCCAAACAAUGGCAUCAGCUUCAAACAACAGCAGUGUUCUGCUUUUAAUGCCAAAGCAUUCAGUGGCCGAUACUAUCACUGGGUUCCACUAUAUCCAGAUGACCACAUUAAUAUUUCUAAUAAGCCAUGCGACUUGCAAUGCACCACUACUGAUGGAGAGAGGCAGUUAAUGGUUCCUGCUCAGGAUGGAACAUCAUGCCGCGACAGAACCUAUCAGGGUGUCUGCAUUACUGGCCGAUGUGAGCCUGUUGGUUGUGAUGGUCUCCUGUACUCCUCCAAACGGCUAGAUAAAUGCGGACUCUGUGGUGGUGAUGGCAGCACCUGCUUCCGAAUCUCGGGCACCUACCGACGUGGGAUUACGCAUUUAGGUUACCUCUUCAUUACAAACAUUCCAGUUGGCGCUUCCGACAUCCAAAUAAUUGAAAGGAGGAAAACAGAAAAUAUUUUAGCUCUUGCAGAUGAAGGUGGCUACUUUUUCUUCAAUGGGAACACAGCGAUUGACAAUCCUCGGAAUUUCCGGGUGGCUGGGACAGUAUUUAAGUACAGGCGACCUGCGAAUCCACUAUCUGAUGGCUUUGAAUACAUUAUUGCCCAAGGGCCUACCAACCAAGGAUUAAAUGUGAUGUACUACAACCUCAAUGGGAAGAUGCCACAUGUCACUUAUGAGUAUACGAUCCCACGGCCGCCUAUGCUGAAGCCUGCACCGCCUGUUGAGAGUCCAUUCUACUUCAGUGUGCCUGAAGCAAAGUUCGAGGACCGUGGCAACAACUGGCAUCAAGUCAAAUUCCACCCAGGCCCCAACGCCCUUCAGUCCAACGUAAUCAGUUUGAGCCCAACACCGUGGAACAUUACAAGCACUUUGCACCACCCCCGUUUGCACAAUAACUUUCGGAGCAGUUCUCAGCAGAGCAGUCUGAGAGCGCUGUGCAGGAACAGCUCCCUGAACGCAGCUCUGUCCAUCUUGUGCGCGGGGAUUCAGGCUAAUGUAUCAGCCAAGCUCAGGACUGAGAACUUCACUAGUUACUCAAAUCCAGGAGGAGGCAGCCAGCAAUUUGAAGAACCCAAUCAGAGCAGCAUACUUGAACAGAUUCAUGUGGGCUCGGAGCCCGGGAUAAACACUGGAGGUGAGGAGAGAUUUAGCUACAGCCUGCUAACGGACUCAAUUUACCCGCUUUCCAAUUCCACUUCAUUCCACCUCUUAAACUUUGUGAAUAACGACAGGACGGAAUCUAUUCAGUCACCAGACACUGAAAGCAAUGAGUUUGAGGAUGGAGAUAUUGAUCACGAUAUCAGUCUGGCUGACAUGUACAGAUGGAAGGUAUCAGCGUACGCACCCUGCAGUUCCACAUGUACCACAGGCAUUACCACUUCUUAUGCUAUGUGUGUCAGGUACGACGGAGUGGAGGUGGAUGAGUCUCACUGUGAUGCGGUUACCAGGCCUGAGCCGACACAUGAAUUUUGCACAGGAAGGGAAUGCCCUCCCAGAUGGGAGACCAGCAGAUGGAGCGAAUGUUCCCGGACCUGUGGGGAAGGCUAUCAGUUCAGGACAGUACGGUGCUGGAAAAUGAUUGCUCCAGGUUUCGACAGCUCCGUUUACGAUGAAUUGUGCGAAGCAGCUGAGCUAACCAGGCCCGUGGAGCGCAAACUCUGCAAAAACAAGGGAUGUGGGCCACAGUGGGAAGUGUCAGAAUGGUCGGAGUGUUCUGCACGGUGCGGCACCAGGGGCAGCAUGAGACGUGAAGUUCGAUGCUCAGUAGAUCCUCGCUUGUGCGAUGAGUACACCAAGCCAACCAACAAGAAGGAGUGCAUGGGGCCACCUUGUGACCGUCGCUGGACUGCAUCAGACUGGGGACCAUGCUCAGGAGUCUGUGGAGAGGGCCGGAUGACACGCUACGUGGUUUGCAGGAAUAAUGAAGGGAAGGUCCUGCCUGACUCGCAGUGCGACCUGACGACAAAGCCCCUGGCGGUGCACCCCUGUGGAGACAGAGACUGUCCCCCUCACUGGGUGUCACAAGAGUGGGAGCAGUGCAAUGCCACGUGUGGCCGGGGCAGGAAGACCCGGAAGAUUCUAUGUGCCGGCUUGGAAAAUGGAGCCUAUAAGGAGUACGAGGAGAGCCGGUGUGGUCACUCCAAGAAGCCUGAUGAGGAGGUGGCCUGUUUCGAGAGGCCCUGCUCAAAGUGGUUUAAAACAUCUUGGUCCCAGUGCAGUAAAACCUGUGGCAGUGGAGUCCGAGUUCGUGAAGUGAAAUGUUACCAGGGAGAUGAAGUCGGACAAGGCUGCAAUCCAUCCACAAAGCCAGAGGCAAAAGAGACCUGUGAGGUUCAGCUGUGUCCCACAGGCGCACCAGACGACAACUGUCAGGACAAAGUGACGGCCAACUGUGCAUUGGUGCUGAAGGUGAAACUGUGCACACACUGGUACUACAGGAAGGCCUGCUGCAGAUCCUGUAAGAAUAGGGCAUAACGCCACUGGUGACCUUCAGGGCCACAAUCCUGCAGGGAAUAACACAAAAUACACAGUCCCUUUUUUCAGUUGGUUGGUGGGGAAGUGCAAGUGCGGAGGGAUUGGGAGGAAGGGGUUGAGAUUCAUCGCCAUUCCCAGUCAAUACGACCAAGCAACACUACAAAACGUGAAACAAAAAUGUACAGUAGACCACAUACCACAUGUUUCUUCGUCUUGUGACUGGAAUACCACUCUGCCUCUUCUUCUUUCUCUCUCCGUUGCAUUGGAAGAUGAUGUGUUCAUUCCCGUUACUUCACAGCCCCACCCCGACCUCCAGCAGCUCCUAGAAUCUGCACAGACCCCACUCCUGGGACCUUUUGUGAGUCUCUGUCAGUGAAGUGGACCCUCCCCCAUUGCCGUCCACUACCUCUACCUUCCAGAAUGACCAGUGUUCCUGUUCUCCUGACAGCCGAUCCAUGCUGGAAACAAAGUGUAUACCAUCCCAGUCCCAAUGACGAUCCGCGUCUUAGUAAGACAAGGUGAAAUAGUUAACUAAGGUGGGUGCUUAGAUCUUUGAAUAUUGUGAGUGAGGGUCUGUGAGGAGGGCACUGGGGCAACAGUCAUUUGAAGAUUUUCUGAUUUUCAGUCAUACGCAGCUAAAUAAUACAAAUAGCAUCCGGACUGAAGUAAGAGGCAUGACCUGAUACAGUUAAGGGACUUGUGAAUAAUAUUCAAAUUAAAAAUUGGUCCAGUACUAAUUUGAAUGACUGGUCACCUCCAACCAUUACAACAAGUACUGUACUCCAUAUUGUUUACAAGCCUUUCUAGAGCCACCUGGAGGGAAAAAUUAGUACUGCAUCAAUUUUUCUUUUCUUCAAUCUCUCCACAAUCCAAUUAACCCCGUCCUUCCCCACACCCCCACCCUAGCUCUGUGUUUGACUGUUCCUCUCACCUUUGGGACCAUGCAUUCCUUUACAAACAAGAAUUUACAACAAGUUAUUGAUCUGAAAUCUUCCCUUUCACUUUGCGAGAGCCAGUUAUCACGAGGAACCACGGAGGCUCUGUCCGUCUUGAAGGCCCCUCACCUCUCUGUAGCCAUCUAGAAUCUGGGAUAACUUGACAGAGAAGGGUUGAGUCAGGCAUUCCAUUAAAAGAUGGUGCACCACUCUGAUAUGCCAACUUGGGGCACCCUUGGCCACUCUCAACACUUAAGUAUUGUGCAGGUAAUGGGGAAAUCACCAGAAGGCAUUUCAGUUGGGUUGCCCACAGACUGAAACGUGUCUCAGUGCAACCCGCGAUAAAGUUGGCAACUCAUUGGAGAUCACCAGAAGAUGCAGAACCAGGUGCGUGAGUCACGGGACUUGUUGCCGAAGAGGGCGAGGUUCCAGGCGCUGAUGGCACGUGUCGAUUGCGUGAUUCGUGCCUGACGUAUUUUGAUCCCAAGUGACACUGGGGGAGAGCCGAACUCAACCAGAGUGAGACCUGACUCUGUUCAACAGCAGAAAGCCCCUUGAGGGUGUUGCUAUGCACAGGUCUGCUUUGGAAGGUGAGGUUAACACUCCUCAUGAAGCGAAGUUUGGGGACGUAUUUCUGAUAGUAUGAUGUAGCUUUAAUAUAUGACAACUAGAUGUUAUCACAUGCUCCCAAGUGUAAUUGUACAGUGACUCUUUAGAAUUAUUUUACAGUAACAGAUUAUUGAUGUACUGUAGCUAUAUUAUUAGAAGUAUUUUGUACAGCAAUAAAUAAC